AUGGCGUCGUCAAUCGGGGUGCCGAGGCACGAGAUGCUGUCUUUGAUACGCGAGGUGCAGAGCAACCAACUGUUCAACCGUCAACUGUCGUCGAUCUGCCAAGUCAACGGUCUCAAGAGCACCGGCGUCAAGGCAGAUUUACAAAGACGCAUCAUUACCCGUGAGCCCUCGCCGCCAGCUAUUAUCCAAGAAUCAUCGGUCGACCCUUCUCGCUUUGCCCAGGUGAAACAGAGCUCUCGAGCUACCUCGUCCGCCGCUCCUAAUGUGCACUUCUCGCUUCCGAUGCCCUACGGCAAUGGUGGUUCUGGCAUGGUGCAAGGAUUUGGGGCACCGCGCAACAAUAUCUUGACGACUCCCGCUCUCGCGUUCAAGUCUAGCCCAUUUUACCUGGAAAAGACUAUCAUCGGCGAGGUUCGGAUAUGUGAAGCUAUGGCCCAACAUCGAAAUACGAUAACGGUUCACAUGAGUGUAAAUAACCAUCCUGCGCUGCAGCAAUGCCUCGCCGAUACUUCGUACAGAGUUUUACUCUUUUGUGCGGGAGAGGCAAUCGGGACACAGGAUAUCGCAUUUCCUCACCAAUCCGAGAUUAGGGUGAACGGAAGUGAGGUCAAGGCGAACCUGCGCGGGUUAAAGAACAAACCGGGGUCUACUAGACCGGUUGACAUAACUCAUGCGCUGAGGCUGAAGCCGCCUAAUUAUCUAAACACAAUAGAUUUCACAUACGCGUUAACGACAAAGAAAUUCUAUUUAAUAGCAAACCUUUGUCAAGUAUACACUGUUGCGGAAUUGGCGAAGGGCAUCUCCACGAGAAGGCGCAUCCCGAAAGAUUCCGUGAUUGCCGAGCUAAACCAAAAGGCUCAGGAUCCUGACGUUGUAGCGACGUCGUCAGUCUUGUCACUGAAAUGUCCGCUAUCGUACAUGAGGCUAGAUGUGCCUUGUCGUGGCAUGAGCUGUUCUCACAUUCAGUGCUUUGAUGCGACAUCAUACUUACAGCUCCAAGAGCAAGGCCCGCAAUGGCUCUGUCCGAUAUGCAACAAAUCAACACCGUAUGACCAACUAGCUGUUGACGAGUAUGUCCAGGAUAUCCUAGACAAUACACCCAAAGCUUUGGAGGGUGUUACUAUUGAGCCUAACGGGCGAUGGCUCCUCAAAGCUGAAGAGCCAGAGAGCAAUAAUUUUCCAUCCGAAGAGUUUUUUUACGACGAUGACGACGACGCUAUUGAGAUAUCAGAAAUCAACACCAUUCCCGCUCGGCCCGCAGAUAAGCUGCCCACUCCCAACACUCCAUCUCGGCAGAACGGAGGAGGCAUGAAGCGACCUGCGCCAACAGUCAUUGACCUGACGCUAUCGUCGGAUGAUGAGGAUGAUGCACCAAUCGAGCGACCAUUUAAACGACAGAGCACGGUGGCGAAUGGCUACCAUGGACCAAGCAGCUUGGCUUUCCCAAGCCUUGGGUCGCCAGAGCUUCCGCACCUUUAA